GCAGGAAUUAGAUGUGGAGCGAACGUUACAGGUGGAGCAGGGGAAACGCCGAGCCGGACCCAAGACCCGGGACCCUAGACCGGACAAACAGCGGCAGUGUGAACGGUUAACUGAUGUAGACAACUCUGACGGCCCCGGAAGACGGUACCAUGAGCACGAUCUCCUCCAGCAUCCCUCACCAGUAGCUGGGCAGCAUGGCUUCUGCUCCUCCUUCCAGAGAGGACACCAGCAGCUCAUUAGCUCUGCGCUGGAGGCUAACACCAACAUAGAUCUACACCACGCAGGACGUCUGAGUCUAUCGAAGCAGGCUGAGCUGCACCCUCAAGGCCUGGUUAAACAUCUGUAUGAACUCCUUUGAAAACAUGACUCGUGCUAGAGCGGCACAUGUCCAGGACAGUGACAUCACCACAGCAUAACAACAUCUGGACUCAGACUUUGGACCAUGUUCUGUCUCUGAUUGAGUGCUUCGGUGGCAGAGCUGGAUUGUGCAGCUCUUCCACGCUUGGACAAACCUGGACUCUGAGCCAUGUCUCUUCUCUCAGCUCUGAGCGUCGUCUGUGGAUUGAUGCUCCAUGUUUCAUGUAGUGCACUCAACACUCAAUACUGUGUCCCACGGAAGACUGUCCCUUACCAGAAUGAGCUCAAGUUGUUCAGAGAAGAGGGGAUCUCCAACUACUCCACGAUGUUGAUGAGAGAUGAUCUUGGAGUGCUGCUGCUCGGGGCCAGAGAGGCCAUUUAUGCUCUGGACAUCAACAACAUCUCAGUGAGAAAGGCUGCGGUGUAUUGGCGAGUUACCGAGGAGAAGCAGAGGGAGUGCACAUACAAGGGAAAACAUGCUGAGGUGGAAUGCCGCAACUACAUUCGAACCCUGCACAGGGUGAAUGACACUGCAAUGUAUGUGUGUGGCACCAAUGCUUUUAGCCCCACCUGUGAUUAUAUGACGUUUGUUAAUGGACAGCUGAGGCUGCAGGGAAAGCAGGAGGAGGGAAAGGGGAAGUGUCCGUUUGAUCCCUUCCAGAGAUACUCCUCCCUCAUGGUCGGAAAUGACCUGUAUUCUGCUACAUCCAUCAACUUCUUGGGCUCUGAGCCUGUGAUUCUGCGGAGUUCAAACUUGGCUCUCCGCACUGAGUUUAAGAGCUCUUGGCUCAGUGAGCCAAACUUUGUCUACAUGGACUUUGUGGGAGAGAGUUUUGAUAGUCCUGAAGGUGAUGAUGAUAAGGUGUACUUGUUCUUCAGUGAGAACGCCAUGGAGUACGAUUUCUACAGCAAAGUUGCAGUGUCACGAGUGGCCCGUGUCUGCAAGGGGGAUAUGGGCGGCCAGCGGACGCUGCAGAGGAAAUGGACGUCGUUCCUGAAAGCUCGCCUGGAUUGUUCCCUCCCUGAACCCAGCCUGCCCCCCAUUGUCCAGGAUGUCUUCCUGCUGAAACACGAGGACUGGAGGAAGAGUGUCUUCUAUGCUGUCUUCACCCCGCAGUCGAGCUUGUCCCAGAUAUCUGCAGUGUGUGCAUACAGCGUGUCUGCCAUCAGAGAUAUUUUCAGUGAGGGAAAGUUUAAGACGCCCGUUGCUGUGGAGACAUCCCAUGUGAAAUGGGUGAUGUACACUGGGGAAGUGCCAGUCCCCAGACCAGGAGCGUGCAUCAAUAAUGUGGCACGUAAAAUGAGGAUGAAUCGCUCUCUGGAUCUUCCCGACAAAACCCUCCAGUUCAUCAGAGACCGUCCCCUCAUGGACGAGGCUGUUCGUCCUCUGACAGGAGGGCCUUUGCUGGUCAAGAAAGGAGCGUUGCUGACGCGGAUCGUCGUGGACAGUGUGCUGGGGCUGGACGGACAGAAAUAUGCCGUCAUGUUCAUUGGCACAGAAAAUGGUUAUGUUCAGAAGGCUGUUAACUACAAUGGAGAGAUGUUCAUAAUUGAGGAGAUUCAGCUGUACGAAAACCCCAAGCCAAUCAGCAUCCUUCGCCUCUCAUCGAGCAAGGGCCAGCUGUAUGCAGGUUCAGAGUUUGGCGCUAUCCAGAUGCCAGUCAGUAACUGCGGUCGCUAUGACACUUGUGUGGACUGCAUCCUGGCCAGGGAUCCUUACUGUGCCUGGGACUUCUCCACUGAGCAGUGCUCCUCAGUCCACAGCUUACCCCCCUCCUCAAAUACUGCAAUGCAGAGUCUGAAGGAGGGAAACAUCUCGCGAUGUCCUCAGCCAGAUCCACUAGCAGCUGUGGACUUUACCCUCGUUCCGGGAAACAACAUCCAGCUGCCUUGCCAGCUCCACUCCAACUUGGCACAGGUUCACUGGCGUUUCUCUGACCGGACACUUCACUCAAACCACAAAUACUACAUCUACAGCGGGGGGCUCCUCAUCCUGAGCGCCUCUGAAUCAGACGCUGGCCUUUACACCUGUGAAUCAGUUGAGCAGAUAAACGGCAGAACGUACAACCGAACUGUGGCGGUUUAUAAUUUACAGCUCUACUCACGCCCAGCAGUGGGGGACAGCACCACUCCUGGCAAUGAGGUGACAAAUUCCUUUGACCCUAUUCACACUCUGAAUACAGCUGCACCAGGGCCAGUGCCAAACCAGGGCAACGAGGACCCGCUGUUCCCCGAGACUCAAAGCGACACUGGCAGGGUAGCUCGUUUAGAGGUGGCUGUGGCUCUGCUUUCGUUGCUUUGUUUCUCCCUAAUGGGGGUCAUAUUUUGGAUCUGGAGUCGAGGACGCUGGGAAUGUUUCAAGUUUGCACAGAGUUCGAGUGAAAGCGAGGGGAAAAGGCAGUCAGGUGAAUACAUGCACAUCCAGAACAGAACUUCAGAGAUAAAGCUCCUGGGGCCUGAGUCGGGGAGACCUUGCAGUGCCAAUAAUAAUCACUCUGCUGUUGACUUCAAAGGGAAUGGGGAGCACCACUUCACACCUAUGCCCAACAUUUCAAGUCUGGAUGGUCUGGGAUACAUAAAUGAUGAGUCAGAGAUUUGAGUCUGCUGAGGUAUAGAAUUCAGUCCGAGGCCAACACCGGUCCACUAAUUAUCUUCCUAUAGGUGUACCUCUAGCGAGAAACGGUUCUAAGAAAAGACUUUCACAUUAUAAAUUCUUUUGAUUGAUAUCCUGUUUCUCCUUGCCAGUUUCCUACACAGUCUAUCAUUUCUGUACUCUAACGGGGCAGCUGAUGUUCAGUGAACAUCAUUUUUCUGGUGGAAUUUUCUCUCCAGGAAAUUGUUGAAAAGACAUUUUUUUUAAUGCAUAUUUUUUGUAUAAUGACAAAUUGUGAAUAUACUUUGUGUAAUAUAUUGUGUACAGCCAAGACCUUUUUUUUUUCAAGUACUAUUUAUUUGUCACAGUGAAACUUGUUAUUUCACCUUAAAACACUUGGAAUCUGCAGUAAGCCUUGUAAAUAUCGUCAGCAACAGUGAACAAGUAGCAAAUACUUUGACCUCUAAUUUCCAGACUCAUUUCAUUUUAUGGACACCACUGUUUAUUUAAGACAAUAUUCACCAGUCUUUGACGGCAUUAAUAACUGACCAGUACUCUGUAUUGCUCUUUUAUUCCUUGGUGGCUGUUAAAAUGAACUACAGACGUACCUUUGUAUUUAACCAUUCAAAUGGCACUCAUAGGUGACGCAGAGGGAACUCCAUACCUCUAUCUUCUAUAACAGAAAAAAAAGAAUAAUAAGAUUAUCUCACACCAGUUAAAUAUCAUCAUGUAGAGUGUAUGAGUGGAACUAAGGUUGCUUUUUUUUUUGGUACACAGCUAUAUUUUAGAUUCCAAGCAUAGACCGUAGUCUUACUAUGAAAAGACAAAAUGUCACUGAGAUGUAGCAGUGUGGGUGUACAUUUCUGGCAGCCAGUCAACUCAGAGACACAUCACAGAUAAGAACAUGUGUCAAACUUUGGGAAAUCCAGUCAUUGUUCAUAAUAAUAAUAAAAAAACAAAAAAAAAACAA